UCUCAACAUCUCGUCUCGACUCGGAGGUACUUACGAGUAACGACGAUGUUGGUCUCAACUUUGUCUCGGUCUCGAUGUCUCAACCAAUUCUCAUAUUCUCAUCUCUACCACAAGAUCCGAACUCCCACUCAUAGUUUCAUCUCUGCUCAAAAUAAUACAUGCUUCAUCACGUCACGGGCUUAGGUACCGUUGAGAAACAGCUUACUUGAUCCACAACUCCCAUAUCGGAAUCCCACUCCAACGUUCAAUUGCUGCAGAGUCCCGCUAGAAUACCCCUCUGUCUGGGAAGUAGCAUCGAGAAAUCUUGCUCGCAAUGCUACCACACUCGCCAUUUUCCCAAUAUUUUGGCACGAAUCAUCCACCCUCUAUCCAAGAAAUCCAUCACAUAAAAACAUGCUUCUUGAUCCACUCGAAAAUUUGCGAAAGCUCGAUGAAGAAAUCGCUCAAUUGCAGGCUCAACGUGAAGUGCUGUACACUUUUAUCAACAAUCAUCGUGCCAUUCUCUCUCCCUCUCGAAGGAUUCCUCCAGACAUUUGGCGCUUGGUAUUUGCUCACUGCUUGCCACAUUCAGAGCUCCCAGUGCGUGCGCUAACGGAGGCACCGCUGUUACUCACGAGGAUUUGUCGCUCAUGGCGGGAAAUAGCUUUGACGACGCCGGGUCUCUGGAAUGCAAUCCACAUAAACAUCGCCAAGAAACCUCCAAGAUUUGACUCAGAUGUAUGGUAUACGAACAUGCGAGCGAGAAUCUGUGGUGUAAAGAGAUGGUUGGAAAACUCUGGGUCACUGCCGCUCAGAAUUUCCUUGUCUGUUGGUCCUGUUGGUCCUGAUAUCGGACUCGAGUUGGGGAGGGACAUUGUGGGGCUGCCGCCCGCAGUGCGCCAUCCUAACAUUACCACAGAAGACCUUGCAGCAGACCUUGCAGCAGACCUCCUGCCGUAUUCCUCACGGUGGCAGACACUGUCACUCAAUUGUAUUCCCCCUUCCGUUCUCGAGAUGCUACUAGGAGAUAAUCUGGACAUGUCGGUACUAAAAAUAUUGUCCUUAUCACUAUUGUCGGAUGACAGCGCGCUAGUUUCACGACUUCUCCAGAAGGCACCUAACUGUUCCAUCCUUCGCACUGACAGUCGCACCCUCCAUGGUUUGAUGCACCCCGCAUCCUUCUGGGCUCAUUUGACUCAACUCGAGACCAGUUACAUCUCAAUGCCCGCUGAGCAUUUCCUCUCAACACUUGCAGAGCUAUGCCCCCUAUUGGCAGCCUGUACUUUACGGUUUGCCCCUUUGGCAGACAUUCAUCCACUGACAAAAGCCUGCGAGUGGAAACAUCUCCGUAAACUAGACAUGUCCAUUCACCAUUGGGGAGAUGUGUCUCUCCUCCCUAAAAUUCUCAAAAUCUUCAACACUCCUUUUCUCAAGGAACUUUACAUAUACUACGAUCUCCCUGACACACUCGCACCCGAUAACCCACUUGCACCCGAUAGUCCACCGAUGAGCCCAAUCCACGAAUUUCUCCUCAGGAGUGGGUGCGGGGAAACCCUUACCCAUCUGACAGUGGGUUUGUCUAGACAACAGCUGGAGGUGCUAGUACAAACUCUAGCGGUACUACCGUCUCUGAAGUUCCUAAGAACAGGAACUGAGCUUGAUCACUCUGCCGUUCCUGUUCCUUCCGUCAAUGAACAUCUCAUCCAGGCAUUGAGUUCAAUCUCCAUCUGCCCUCGCCUAGAAGAGCUUGAGCUGCUGAAUUGUUCUCCAAAUCACGUUGACGCUCUUCUCAACGUCGCCAAAACCCGGAAUUUGAAAACAUUUACGGUCAAUUUUGGUAUACAGCCAGAAUGGGUAGACGUACUCCUGAAAUCCAGUAAUGUACGAGGGUUGGUUGGCAUUGGCAAGCAAUUAAACUGUUCAAUCACGAUACCCCUCGAUGGGGACUAGAGGCUCUCUUCCCCGAAUUUUAGUUUCCUCUUCUGGUGGGAUUCUAUCGGUAGAUGGUUCAAACACUAGCGUAUAGUAUUCUGAGAUUGGGAUUGUAUCACUUCCCUGCUG